CUGUGGUGUUUUUUUUAUUUAAAUUAAUAAAGAGUUUGAAAAGAGGCUUACUAUUAUACAAAUGUUAUUUAUGUCUGAAACACUCUAGAAUGUGCAACAUUUAUUUCAAAGGGCUUUCAACAAUUUCCACACUUUUCACACGCGUGUGUACAGUGGUGAGUAAUAUGUGACCUGUCAGAAUCAUUGACCCCAACAUCAGUCAGCAGAUUAACUCUCCUCACACGGGUCAGUCCUUUCCCACAUCCACACAGUGGGUCUGUGGGUCUCUCUCCAUCACCCCCAACCCAGCACCUGUUCCCCUGAGGUUUGACCAUUGUCCCCCAGCAUGUGGCAGCUCCACACUCCUCAUUGUCCUCUGCAGCUCAGCCAUUGGCUACUGACUGUGAGAAACUCCAACCAGCCCAAGACCCACACAUUCAUAUGGAGAUUUGGGAGCAUAAAUAGAGGAGAUGAAGCCAGUGCUGAUCAGAUUCACUCUACACAGAGAGAACUACUACAGCUACAGCUAUGGCUCCUACAAUCACUUCCACAGCAGAUUACCCAAAGGAACACCUGAAUCUGACCCACAAGAUGAGAAAACCCAUUGUGGAAAAGAUGCGCAGAGAUCGCAUCAGCAACAGCAUCGAGCAGCUCAAAGCUCUCCUGGGUCCACAGCUCCUCAACCAGCAAUCCAACUCCAAAGUGGAGAAAGCCGACAUCCUGGAGAUGACUGUUUGCCUCCUGAGACAGCGUCUUCAGCCAGUGAAAACCUCACCCUCCUCUGAUGCUGGCAGUCAGGGUUUCUCCAAGUGUGCUCAAGAAGUCCUUCACUUCCUGUCAAGGGACUCGGGGAAAACACAGACCCAUGGAAAGUUGCUGACCCAGUUCCAGACCCUGCAACCACCCAGUGAUGACUACAGGAGGGAGAGUGCCCAGUGCCAGCUGGGCUCUCCUGUCCAGCAUGUCCAGAGUAAAGACAAGAGUCCAGCCAGGAGCGCCCCCUGGAGGCCUUGGUAGAACACACCACAGAUGAGACUUUCAUGUGACUAAAUUGGUCAGAGAUGAAAACUCAAGGACAUU